GAUUCACAAAAAAAUUCACUAUCUGUGAUUAUGUCUGUUGAAAUUGGUUUGUUAUUAUUCAAUUAAAUGGUUUUUUACUUUUGGAUCCUUCUUAUUUAGUUGAUUAAAAUAAUUUCUUCGGAAGAUCAUAAGAUUCAAGUUUCAAUUAAGACCAGAAUUAAACUGUUUUACUACGGAAAUCUGUGCGUAACCUUAAUGAAUACAAUGCCGACGAUUUUCAAGAACCCUUGUUUUUAAAUAAUGGAUUCAAAAAAAGAAUCUAAUUCAAUGAGGAAUAUACAGGAGCAGGAAAUAAUUAAUCUAGAUUGUAGUUCGAGUAAAAGCACCUUAAAACACCAAGGGCAUGGUGAUGGCGACGAAGAAGUAUGCGCACCAAUGUCAAAUGAAAUAGAAUCUUUUGCAAUUGUUCCCAGUUCGGCUAAUUUAAAUUUGGUAUCCUACAAUGAAUGCAGCGAAGAACAGCAUAAUUCAUUAGAAAAUAAAGAUGGUGCAAAUGAAGUGGCCAACAAAAAUUCCGAUAAAAUACCUUGUAACGCAACAAGUUCCCAAUUUGGAAAACAACUUGCAGGCAGCAGCAAAAGCGCUUCAAACUUGAAUAAAAGCCCAUCUCAAUGCGAAAAGUCCUGCAACCAAGUAAACAAUGCGUGCGUGAUUAAGCCUAAUUUAUUGUGCGACAUCAAUGAACCUUCAACAAGUGGUCUUUGUGUUGCUUCUUCAAGUAAAUCAGAGCCGAUGCCCAGCAGUAGCGAGACAAAAGAUAACAAGAAAAGGCCAUCAACUCUAAGAUUGAAGAGACCAAUUGUAGAUGGUGAAGAUAGUUCCAGCGAUACAGGCAAUGAUGACUAUUCAUUAGGAUCAGAAGAUGGAUGCAUCUAUACAUACCGGGGAGUAAUUCCUGCAGCUAUGCCAGCUGGACCUCAACAACAAGCUGUCCCUAACCCCAGAGCUCCUGGUUCAAGAGUAUCAAGCCCUGACAUGGACUUCUUAGAAAUGGACUUUGAUCCUGGACCAUCAUGUGAGGCAGACACAGGUGAUGAAUCUACACCAGAAGCAGAUAUUGAGGUAGUAAGUGUGCCUGAAGCAAAUGAGCAUGUAAUAAGGGGCACAUCACCAGAAUAUCAACCAGGUGUUGCACAACCACACUCUAUAAAUAUACCUGUAGCUCCAGGAAGCAGUAUAAAAACUUCAAUUUUUGACUUACCACCUAUUAAUAGUGAGACUGAAGCUGUGCCAGAAAACACUACAGUUGUAAAGAAAAUUAGAAGGACUCAUACAGAAUAUAUAACACAUGUCAAUGUAAGGGGUGAAAAGCUGAGAGUUCGUAGAACCAUGUCUCACUGGCUUGAUACUAAACCUCCAGGAGUUCAUGGAUCUAGUGGGGAUUUGAUCUCACCUAAGGACCUCACUAACCUUAAUGAAGAACAAAAGAAUGAUGGUAUCGUGCAUCAGAUAAACCAGGGAGAAAAUACCACAACCUUUGAAUCUGUUAAUUUGACACCAGCGAUGUAUCAUGUAAAUAUGGCUAAAAAGCUUAUAGAUGACAAACCAAAUAUUGAAGAAGGCCAAAGUUCAUGUAGUGUGGAAGAGGAACCAAUACCAGGUCCGUCACAGAGUAACGAGCCAUGCAUUGAACCACCCAGGUGCAUGGUGUGGUCGGAGCGAGAAGCGUGUGAACAACAAGUCACACAAAUAGGCACAUCUGCCUGUGGUGCUACAGCUGUUGUUAAUGUUUUUCUUGCAUUAGGAGUCCCUGUUGAUAUCGAAAGGAUUAAUUUGGCAGUUGGAACAAGACAAAGGGCAAAUAAUGCACCAAUACCAAGGUAUUUGCUAUCACGGUCAGUGGCUGGAUGCACAGCAGCCGAUAUAGUGACGGGAAUACAAAAAGCAUCAGAUGGCCUGGUCACUGCUAGAUUCUUUUCAACAUACCCUGAGCGUAGUCUCUCAUUGUCACAUUGGCUUGCUGAUUGGAUCUCGCUUGGUGCAGUACCAAUACUAACACUGAACCUCCAACAGGGUUGCGAGGGUGAGAUACCCGACGCCUGGCACCACCAGAUGGUGUUCGGGGUUUCACCCCGGGGGGUGUAUCUAUGCAAUCCAGUUGAAUGUGUUCCAGAGAACAUAUUGUGGUCACGUUUAGUGUCUCCUUCAGUACUGCUGGUUCGUUCCAGGGAUGUGAUAUCUCGGUUCAAUGCGGAGACUGAUAUGUCUCCGCUCACAGCAGUGCCUGAUGUGCGAUUCCAUAAACUGAAUGUGCUUGGGCAAGUGGCGAACGUGCUCCGCGAGUGGCGGCACGCGGGCUGCCCGGAGGCGCCGCCGCGCACGCGGCACGUGCGCGUGCCGGCCGCCUACCAGCCGGGCGUCACGCUCGCCGCGCUCACCGGCUCCGAGGCGCACCGCCGCCUCGCGCACGCGCCGCCGCCGCCGCGCCACGCGCCGCGCGACCCCGCCUGAGACUGGCGGCUCCUGAUUCACAUCUACAUGGUGAAUCGGAAGCCAUCAGAACCACAAGAAUAAAGGACAUAAUUUUGAAAAAAUAAAUGUCGGCAAAAUGAUUAUGUCCCAAAACGACCACUGAUACAUAAUAUUAUAUACAAAGUACCACCGAAUUUUGUUUAAUAGCAUUACUCGAUCGUAUACUCAUCAUGGAUUUCACGAAUACAUUGUGUAAUUAAGAUUAAUGUACAUUUAAACUUAACGAAAUAUAUACAACUUGACAGUUGGUGCGUAACGUUAGCCUAAAUUAUGGACAUUAAAUGUCGUAAUUAUUAUUAAUUAAAUGCUUAGAAAAUUCGCCAUAAUAUAAUUUGAAUGUUAGUGCGGAAUAUUCUUCGAACCAAUACAUGAAUGGUUAUUAAAACAGCGAAUGGCGAUUGAUGGUCUGUUUGUUUUUACUUGAAUAUAUAGUACAUUUAGAAAUUAAAAGAUUUUAAACACUGUCUUACCCAUAUCACCGUGGGGCGUGACACGAGCCACGUUGACACUAGGGAAAACCAAGCCCUUUGUGAAAUGUUCGAAGCGGCGGGGUAAAUAAAAACAAUGAAUAAAGCGUGCUUAAAAUCCAUUAAAGUGUCUAUAAUUUCUAAACGUGGUUGAUCCUUAUAGGCCAUGCGUCAUUCUAAAAAGACCUAAAGAUUGGGUGGUGUUUCAUAAAGUCUAAAUUAGUCGUAGUCAUAUAAUUAAGGUCACAUACAAUUAAACCCUAAAGUAUAAUAUUACAAUUAUAGCUUGUUUUAAAAAAAUGCAAUUAAUGUCUAUUAGUAGGGAUUAAAUGACUCGUCAUUAUUAUUAUUACUUAUGGAAAUACCAAUCUAAUUUUCUUUAAAUGUCUAGUCCUAUAAUUGAGACGGACUCGGGUAUCCAAAUAGUUUAUCUCCCGAUUAUAAACUAUACACAUAUAAGUUUUAGAGUUUAACUUUCAUUAGUAGGACAGUAACUAAUAUAUUAUAUAUUUAAUCGCAGACAAUUUAAUAAGUUGACACUAACCCUUUUUGGCAGCAAAAAGCCAAAAGACUAGAUGAACCGAGUUGUAUAUUUUUCAAGGCAAUGCGCAAACCAAUUCGUAUUUAAACUUUAACAUACACGGUUUAGUGUAAGGGCUUUAUAUAAUUUUAUCGCUCAAAUAUUCAAUGGUGUAUUUUAUUAUUGAUACCCUGUUUUAUUGCUUUAUUUGCAUUGACGUAACCUUUUAGUACAGUACUUGGUUAAUAAUUUUUGAAAUAGCUCGUGCUGUAUGUAUCCUUAGGGUCUAUUUUACCUUAAUACCAUAUGACUCAGUUAGUUUUCCCAUAUACUGUAUAAAUGUAUAUAUAGAAAUACCUUUUAGUUAUUUUAUUCGCAUUUAAGCAUCUUAAGUUUGAGCUAAAUCGGACAGAGAAUUUGAAAUGCUUGUGGAGAUAGCAAGAUUACCACGCUAUUAGUUCCUUUUGUCCGUUACUAACGUUCAUUCAAUUUCAAUGCAUAUAAAGCAAUAAAUUUUAUUUAAUUAAAAGAUACAAAAAUUGUGAUCGGCUAAAUUUUAUUAGCCAAGUGUAAAUAGUGUGUAUGGAUACGAUAUAAAAUAUAUAGAUAAACAUUAGAAAAUUGGUGCUUACUAGUCAAAAUUAUAUUAGCACACCUAUAUUGUCAUUCAAUACAUUUAUCGUACGUUUAUCAGUUAAAUACACUAAUUUUACCGCAGGACCUGUAAGUCUUCAAGUAACUUCGAUUAAGAUAUAUUUUCACUCUAAGUAUGGUGUAGGUUUUCUAAGCAAAAUGCUACGUGUAUAUGCAUGAAUAUUAUAUGUACCGUAUUUCUUAGAGAGUCAACUUUUAAGCGUAUAUUUCAUGUCAUAUGUAAGGUAAUGAUUAGGGCAUUGCUAAGUGCAAAAAUAACCUCUAUUGUACGUGGUUUAAGGGUGAAAUUGUGAUAAAAGUACUUUCGAGUUGAUGGACUUCUCUGAGGGCUAACAGUUUCAUCGUAUAAUUGAGAAAAUGUAUGAAAUUAUUAUAUUCGUUUUGUGUUGCGCCAUUUAUCUUGUGUCACUGUAUAGUGCGUAUUAUUAUAGAAUAAAGUUACAUUUAACUAUAAAUUGUAUAUUCAUAUACCAGUGUAGUUGUAGAUAGUAACCUAAAAGGCGAAACAUGUAUUUAUUUAUUUUGUUCGAUAUUGUAGCAGUAUCAGGUAUCAUGUUUUUUUAAACAUCGGAAGUCAUGUGUAAGUGUCUAUAACUGUAUUCUUGAGACCUGACGUUAAUAUCAAUGUAAUAGCUAUUAUAUAUAACAUUGUAUUUUUGAAUAAAUGGUA